CGGUUCGUGAUUGAUAGAGAGAGAAACCAAACACCAAUCCAAGCUCCGCUAGCUUCUCUCUCGCUGCAUCGCAUCAGGAGCGAGAAAAGCUCGUGUUCUCCAUCGUCAGAUCUGCGGCGUUCUCUGUCUGAGAUUAAAUCGCCAAAAAAAAAAAAAAAAAAAUCGUUCCAACCAAUCAACCUCCUUCCCUCCCUUCCUGCGCGCUCAAAUACAAAAACCACCUUCCCUCUCUCCCUCCGCCCUCUCUCUCGCUCUACAGGGAGUGUGCUGCGGGAUGGCAGAUAAUCCAGGUAGUCCGGCAGGGGGGAGUCACGAGAGCGGGGGUGAGCACGAGCAGAGCCCUCACUCCGGGGUUAGGGAGCAGGACAGGUUCCUCCCUAUCGCCAACAUUAGCAGGAUCAUGAAGAAGGCAUUGCCUGCCAACGGCAAGAUCGCUAAGGACGCCAAGGAUACUGUCCAGGAAUGUGUAUCUGAGUUUAUCAGUUUCAUCACCAGCGACUACAAUCUUGUGUUUCAAGGUUCUAUUCUGGGAACUGUCAUGUCUGAAACCUGUGGGACUGUAACUUCUGCAUUUUUGUGUUUCAUUGCUAGAGUUAUUCAGAUAAGGGCGAGUGAUAAAUGUCAAAAGGAGAAGCGGAAGACAAUCAAUGGGGAUGAUUUGUUGUGGGCAAUGGCAACGUUAGGCUUCGAAGAUUACAUUGAGCCACUCAAGGCGUACCUUAAUAGGUACAGAGAGGGAGAUGCCAAAGGGCCUAUUAGGGGUGUAGAAGGAUCUGUCAAAAGGGAUCCAGUUGGUGGCAUGUCUGCUCAAAAUGCACAGCAUUAUCUGACUUGUUCCUUUCCUGUGGAACGCUCGUGACGGGUGAAUAUGACAGUAUGCUAUACAGGGGUCAUUGGACUACAUGAGUCAGCAGCGCUCUUGAUGAUGUGCAGUGACAAGUACAGCAUAUGAAAGUUCAUGCAAUGCAAGCCAACGAGUAGAGAGUGCGACGGUAUCUCAUAUUACCAAUGCAAAGUAUCCUAGGCUGGUAAAAAAAAAACUGUUUUGUUGUCGACACAUUGUAUCAAUCUGUGUCCUUAUAGUUCCUUUUGGUGCGUGAUUGAAAACAUUGUGGUGAUAUGAGUUUUUGGGAUUCUGGUUUUGAAUGUUAGUGUUGGGGGGUUGGUUUGAUUUGGUAAAUUAGUAUUUACUUGUGAGAAGUGAACCAGAUUUGAUGAUAGCUGGAGAUUAGUGCCUGUAAAUUUCGCUGUUCCUCCCCGUAUAUGGAUAGAACCAUUUGAAGAAAUCUGAAAAAGUUACGAGGUUUGAGCAGAUUAAUCCGAAUGCAUUGAUCAGUAUCCGAAUGCAUUGAUACCAUGUGAAUCGCUAGAAAUAUGU